CCCCGGGCGACCCCGGAAGUGGGUCGGGGGCUUGGCCUCUGCCCGGCCUCGGAGCCGGAGCGGGAGGUGUUACUCGAAAGGGGUCGAGCCGAGCGAUCCCGUCCAGCGGUGGAGCCCGGGCAGGGCCCGGGCCAGGGGUCCAGGAUGCUAAACGUCCCUUCCCAGUCUUUCCCCGCCCCCAGCUCACAGCAGCGCGUCGUCGCCGGGGGGCGUAGCAAGGUACCUCUCAAACAGGGCAGGAGUCUUAUGGAUUGGAUUCGACUGACCAAAAGUGGAAAGGACCUAACGGGAUUAAAAGGCAGGUUAAUUGAAGUAACUGAAGAAGAACUGAAAAAACACGACAAAAAAGAUGACUGUUGGAUCUGCAUAAGAGGGUUUGUUUAUAAUGUCAGCCCAUAUAUGGAGUAUCAUCCUGGUGGAGAAGAUGAACUCAUGAGAGCAGCCGGAUCAGAUGGUACUGACCUUUUUGAUCAGGUUCAUCGGUGGGUCAAUUAUGAGUCCAUGCUAAAGGAGUGCCUGGUUGGCAGAAUGGCGGUUAAACCUGCUGCUCCUAAAGACUAUCAUGAAGAAAAGAAAGUCUUAAAUGGCAUGCUUCCCAAGAGCCAAGCGACAGAUACACUUGCCAGAGAAGGUCCUAGUUCUCCAAGCUAUGACUGGUUCCAAACAGACUCCUUGGUCACCAUUGUCGUAUAUACUAAACAGAAGGAUAUCACUUUAGACUCAGUAAUAGUCGAUCAUCAGGAUGAUUCCUUUAGAGCAGAAACAAUUAUCAAGGAUUAUUCAUAUCUUAUAAAUAUUGAGCUAAGCCACGCGGUUCAAGGAGAUUUUUCUGGUUUGUUCUACAGACAGUGCCAGUUAAUUUCCAAGGAGGAUGUUACUCAUGAUACGAGGCUUUUCUGCUUCAUGCUGCCACCAAGCACUCAUCUGCAGGUGCCAAUUGGGCAACACGUUUACCUCAAGCUAACUAUUACAGAUACUGAAAUUGUGAAGCCAUAUACACCUGUAUCUGAUUCCUUACUCUCAGAGUUCAAGGAACCAGCUCUUCCCAACAAUAAAUACAUCUACUUUUUGAUCAAAAUCUAUCCUGCUGGACUCUUCACACCAGAACUUGAUCAUCUUCAGAUUGGAGAUUUUGUUUUCGUAAGCAAUCCUGAGGGCAAUUUUAAAACAUCCCAGUUCCAAGAAUUAGAAGAUCUCUUUUUAUUGGCUGCUGGAACAGGCUUCACACCGAUGGUUAAACUACUGAAUUACGCUUUGACUAAUAUACCCAGUCUCAGGAAAGUGAAGCUGAUGUUCUUCAAUAAAACAGAGGAUGAUAUAAUUUGGAGAAGCCACUUGGAGGAAUUAACUUUUAAAGAUAAAAGAUUUGAUGUUGAAUUUGUUCUCUCAGCGCCUAUUUCUGAAUGGAAUGGCAAACAGGGACACGUUUCACCAGCGCUUCUUUCUGAAUUUUUGAAAAGAAGUUCAGACAAAUCCAAAGUCCUCAUCUGCAUUUGUGGACCAACGCCAUUUACAGAACAAGGAAUAAAAUUUCUGCAUGAGCUGAACUUUUCCAAAGAUGAGAUCCAUAGCUUUACAGCGUAACGAAGAGCUGUCAUUGUCCUUUACUCAACUGUUUUAUCUAAAUUUGUGAAUACUUAGAGUUUUUUAAGAGAACAUUUUUGUAUAUACCGAAAGGUUAACUAGAAGCCAGGCUUCAGUUUCUUAAAUGAAAUCAAGCGUCCCUGCGGUAUAGGUAACUGUUGACUUUAUUUUAUACCAUAACUUAUUUUACUACUGAUAUUUGACCUAGAAAGUCAAUCAUGGCAGCAAGUACAUACAGGAUUCUGUGUUAUGAGUCACAAAGUUCCUUACCAUUUAAAGUGUAUCACUGUUCUACAGUAAGCUCCUGUGUUUUAUGACGUGAGAAAGGAUCAUUUUGAUCACAUUUCUAUGCUAUAAAAUGUCUUAUUAGCAAUACAGAUUAAAUUUUACAUUGUACUGUUAACUCAGGAAAUGGUCAUUUAUGUACUUGUUAUUACUAUUAAAACAUGGAAUGUUAUAACUUAUUAAGUGAUCCAGACAUUUUGUGUGUAUGUAUCUGGCAUUGAUACAGAGAAGAAUAAAAGUAUACUUAAGAACUUUUUAA